AUGGCUGACUCUGGUGAUGUGAGCUACCCCAACACGGGCAGUAUCCAAGAUUUCGUGACUAAGGGCCCGAUUGUUGAUAACGUCAAGUCCGAGGUUUCCAAGACCUCCGGAGAGCUGCAAGAACUGAAGAACUCCCGAGUCACCCCCUCGACCACUACCAACAAUGGCCAGCCUUUGACCCACUAUCACUCCCUGCUGUACAGCCUUUUGAGCUGGGAACAACCGCGCGCCACUGCCGUUUCCUAUGCCAGCAUCAUCGGCUUCAUCUUUGCAGCCCGUUACCUGCCCCUACUCCGCUGGGCUUUCAAGUUUCUGUACAUGUCGUUGGGAGUGACCGCCGCUGUUGAGAUUGCCGGACAUGUCAUUCUCAAGAAGGGCAUUGCCAGCUCGUUCCGCCCCCGCCGAUACUACACCAUCCCCAAGGAGACCCACGAGGCCGUGCUUGAGGAUAUCUCCCAGCUGUUGGACUUCUUCCUGAUCGAGUUCCAGCGUAUUUUGUUUGCUGAAAACGUUGUUCACACCGUUGCGGCUUUCACCGCCGCCUUCCUCGGUUACUGGCUGAUCCGCUUUGUCCCGGUUUGGGGUUUGACCGUGAUCGGUGUGACCACCGCCUACUUUGGUCCUCUUGUGUACAUUAGCAACCGUGAGAUCAUUGACGAGCAGAUCCAGAACAUUCAGGAUAUUGUCAAUGCCCAGACCAACCAGUUGAAGGAUCUGGCUGGUGAGCGCACCUCGCACGCCACUGGCUUGAUGAAGCAGUACGUUGGUGACUACAGUCACAAGGCCCAGGAAUACAUUGGCCGCCGUUCCGUCUCCCCCGAGAUGACCAAGGCCCCCACUCCCGUGAAGACCGAGCCCACUCCCGAGCCCACAAUCAAGACUGAGGAUUUCCCGGAAGCCCCCAACCUUGAGCCCGUGGCCCAGGUCGUGGAGUCAGUUGAGUCCGCCCCGCAGGCUGCGGAGCGGGAGCCUCUCCUGGCGGUGUAA